ACACGGACAGGCCAAAUGACAGUUUCACUUUAGUAUUGGCUCUUGAGUGUUUGGCGCUCUAUAAAAAGCGACAUAUAAACCACCGCGAAGAGUCUGUAAGGUAACAGAUACACAUUUUGCAGCAGAUGGAAGAGGCGAGCAGGACUGUGCGAGUGAGCGGCCUUCCUGCAGACAUUGCAGAAGAGCGGCUGAUCGAUAAAUUAACCGUCUACUUCCUGAGACCCAGAAACGGUGGAGGGGAAAUUGUGUCUGUUACAGUUGAUGGGACAAAGCCCGACUGUGCCCUGGUCCAGUUUGAAGACAGUGGAGUGUCCCAGAGAGUAAUCCAACAUGGCCAGCACACUCUCAAAGUGGACGGGAAAGAGUACAUGCUCACUGUCAGCGAGCAUCGCCAAAACCUGGAUCCUAACAAGGUCAUCACAAGUCUAACAGCGACUGUGGAUUGCAGUCAGAUUCCCAAUGGAAGGAGCACGUUGACUCGUCUGCUCGGGGAGCACCCCAGUAUUGAGACGAGCUGCGACUCGACAAAGACAUUAUGCCGACUGCGUGGUGCCUAUACCGAAGUGCAGUCAGUCUUAGCCCAGCUGCUUGGCUCCCAUCCUGAAGAUCCGCAGUCACUGGAGCUCUCAGGCUCAGGUCGACCUUUUGUUAGUUCCUCAGAGUUUCCGAUCAAGACCCCCAGGAAGAAAGGAGAUGAAAGAGAUCUUACUGGUGGUUUUCCCACCCCUGAAGAGGACCUCUCGCUGAUGGUGGAUGCAGACGUGUUCCAGUAUCUGCAGAAGCACCAUGGCCACGAGUACCAGCGCUUACUGAGUCGGUAUGGCGUCGAAGUGGUGGACGUGACCAAUCAGGGGAUCACUACUCUGUUUCUGCGAGUCACAACUGGCGAUGGCGACAAGGAACGAGACCGCAUAGAGCUCGCGAGGACGGCACUAAGUGAGCUUUACCAGGAGAGCGAGAGGAGAAUCUGUCAGGCUGAGCUACGCAAGAGUGACCUGGACCCUAGGGUGGACCUGCAGCAAGCGAUGGAGACGUUACGUGUCAGAUUUCCGAAACUUCUUCUCAGUGACAAUGACAGCUGUGUCUUCCUCAUCGGUGACUACACUGAGGUGUCCGAGGCCAAGCAAUUCCUCCUCCGGGAACAUCGAGUGGUGGAAACGGAAGACGUCGCUAGUCUUCUUGGAAUUCCGUCUUCUCGCCACACCACUGCUGAGGAGCGCGACACGCUUGCCGUGUCGCAGUCCAUCUCAAGCACUCUGAAUGUUGGGAAGAAUCGCGUGCGGCAAUCAGAAGAUGGCAAAACGUAUCAUGUGGCUGCUCGAUUUAAAGAGUCCGGCCCACCACGACAGACUCCUCCAGGAAACUUACGCGGAACCUCGAAUCCGAGGAAGCAUUCCACUCAUGAGUUGAGGUCGGAAGCAGCAGGAGACCCAAGUGGAGUUUUGCGUCCCUUAAUGAGGAAUAAAACCUCUUCAGACGUUGCUGUGAAGAGUACAAGAUCCUUCAGGACUCCCAUCCAAUCACCUGGAAAAGUCCACACGGGAUCCAUGGCGAAGAGAACUAACAGUUUUGCAGGAACGACUCAGCAGAGAUUUCAGAAGACUGAAGAUAAUUCCUCUGCAUUUCCGCCCAGAGCCAGGACCUCUAGCGUGAGUGACCAAAGACAGAAGGACCAACCUGAAGUCUACCAUGCGGAGGUUGUCAUGUCCACGAUGAUGUGGCUUCAUAUUAAAGAUGUCUACAGCAACCAAGUGGAAACCUUGACGUGCGACCUGCAACUAAAAGAGGGAGGAUCGCACGGGAGGAUCCAAUCCGUCAUCGUCAUCAGCGGCUCCGAGCAGUCUGCCGUCACUGCGUGCCAGCUUGCUUUACAGGAACUGGUUGACACCAUCAGCGCAGAUAUUUGCGUGCAUGAGCUUCACCUCUCUGAGCUCGGCGUCAGUGGCGUGGAAGAUGAAACCUUGCAGGCCUGCUGCGCGGAAGUUCGCCGACGCUUCACAAAGAUUAGUGUCCGGGUGAUGAGGAAUAGUUUGUAUCUCACCGGCCCUAAACGCUUGUGCGAUCAAGUAGCCGCUUCUCUGCGAGAGGUCUUUUCUGGAGACAGAACCCAAGCAGACAAGCAGAAUGACCCCACCAGCGCUUCAAUAGGGAGGCAAGUAAACGACGGCGACGCUUGUUCGUCCUCGGAAACCCAGCCAUAUUCUGCAACUCAGGAACGGAUCUCGCACCUUGAGGGCCAGGCUGAGCUUGCCAACGGAGCUGACAGUCAAGUUGCCAGGAAAGACUCCAUCCUCAAGGAGAAAUUGGAAAAGGCAAGCAUGAUGGAUAGACGUAAGACAUCGGUCCAAGGAAAUAAAGCGAGCCCGGCAAACGUGGAUGGCGCCUGGUCAGUGACGCCUCAAAAUGACAAAGUCACACAGUCUCAGCAGAAGGAACCCCAGCCAGGUGCCAUCUGCGUGUGUGGGGAGGCCGGCACCUCCAUGAAUAGGACGGAGUGCGGGGUGGUCAUGUGCACCAAGUGCCUGGAUGCCGUUCACAUCCAUUGUAGGGUGUGCCACAGUGGACCACCGCAGAACCCGACACCGGCGGGCAUCCAGGGCACAAUGAACCACUGCAAACUCAAUUUCAGCCUGCCUGGUCACAACAAGCAUGCCACCAUCAAGGUCACCUAUCUCGUUCCUGAUGGUAUACAAAAGGACCAUCACCCGUCUCCUGGAAAGCCCUUCCAAGGGGGCGUCUUCGAGGCCUUCCUCCCCGACUGCGACAAGAGCAGGAAUCUGUUGCCCAGGCUGGAAGACGCCUUCCGGCAGGGCCUCACCUUCACUGUGACGAGCAAGGAGAAGGGCUCCAGUGUGACCUGGGACACCAUCCCGCACAAGACCAGCCUGCAGGGCGGCCGAUCGGGGAACGGUUACCCGGAUUCUUCCUACUUGGAACGCCUCUCAGAAGUAUUGACGGCACACGGGAUUAAAGGUCAAUCUUUCACGUCUUGAGAGUUCCCGGUCGCAUUAUCCGUUUACACGUGGGAUUUGGUCUGAGCAUUUUAUAGUGUAAUAUUGCAAAUUGGGAUAAGAUGCAUAAAUGGGACGACCAUUCAUUUUACAAAAUACUUUUUAACAAAUAUUUUUCCACAAUCAUAAUUAAAAACUCUACAUAAAGCUUUACACUAAGGAUAAGGUGUCUUAUAAGAGAGGAGCCCGCUAUUUAAGGAAAUAUGGUCGCUUAAUUAUUAGCAGGUUAAACUGCAUCAAAAGCAAUUUAACCUU